GCUUGUGCCCAACCAGCCAGCAGCGGCAGUGGUCGAGCCGGAGUAUGAUCGCUGUGCGGAGCGCAUAGAUGUGCAAAACCCCUGGAAUAUCCGUGCGCUGGAGAGGCCAGAACCGACCACCGUGGGGGACUGUCUUUAUUUAGUCGUCUAAAGGGAAAGAACCACGGCGAAGCAUGGCGGUAGAAGAGGAAGGUCUCCGGGUUUUCCAGAGCGUUAAAAUAAAAAUAGGAGAAGCAAAAAACAUCCCUCCAUACCCAGGCCCAAACAGGAUGAGGGAUUGUUACUGCACUGUCAACCUGGACCAAGAGGAGGUCUUCAGGACCAAGAUCGUCGAGAAAUCACUUUGUCCGUUCUAUGGGGAGGACUUCUACUGUGAGAUCCCACGUAGCUUCAGACACCUCUCCUUCUACAUCUUCGACAGGGACGUGUUCAGGAGGGACUCCAGUAUCGGCAAGGUUGCAGUGAAGAAAGAGGACCUGCAGAAAUAUCAUGGCAAAGACACCUGGUUCCAGCUACAACCUGUCAGUGCUGACUCAGAGGUGCAGGGAAAAGUUCACCUGGAGCUGCGUCUGAGUGAAGUCAUCACAGACAGCGGAGUCAUCAGCCAUAAACUAGCAACACGAGUGUUGGAGUGUCAAGGUCUUCCAAUCGUCAACGGCCAAUGUGAUCCCUACGCUGCUGUCUCCUUACUAGGACCUUCAAGGUCAGAUGCCAAAAAGACAAAGGUGAAGAGGAAAACCAACAAUCCACAGUUUGAGGAGGUUUUCUAUUUUGAGGUGACGCGGCCAUUAAGUUACACGAAGCGGCAGUUCGAUGUUGAAGAAGAGGAUGUCGAUAAACUGGCACUGAGGGUGGAUCUGUGGAACGCCAGCAACCUGAAGUUCGGGGAUGAGUUCCUGGGAGGUGUGCGGGUCCCUCUGCGGGUCCUGGGUCAAGCCGGGGUCCACGAUGCAUGGUACUUUCUCCAGCCGAGGGAGAAUGGAGGGAAGUCAGUGAAGGUAGAAGAGCUUGGCUCUCUACGUUUGAACAUCGUUUACACUGAGGACCACGUCUUCCCCUCCGAACAUUACACCCCCCUCAGAGAUCUACUGCUGCACUCUGCUAAUGUAGAGCCUGUGUCGGCGUCCACUGCUCAUACUCUGGGGGAGGUGUGUCGAGAGAAGCAAGAAGCCGCCAUUCCCCUUGUGCGUCUCUUCCUUCACUACGGCAAGAUCGUGCCUUUCAUCAGCGCCAUCGCUCACGCUGAAGUCAACCGCACACAGGAUCCAAAUACCAUUUUCCGGGGAAACUCGCUGACUUCUAAGUGCAUUGAUGAGACCAUGAAGCUAGCAGGAAUGCAUUAUCUGCAAGUCACACUCAAACCCAUCAUAGAUGAGAUCUGCACAGAACACAAACCCUGUGAAAUCGACCCAGUCAAACUCAAAGAGUCUGAGAACCUGGACACAAACAGGGAAAACCUUCGUCAGUAUGUCGACCGAAUCUUCAACGUUAUCACCACCUCUGGCGUUCGCUGUCCCACCGUCAUGUGUGAUAUCUUCUUCUCUCUGAGAGAGUCUGCAGCCACCCGUUUCCAAGUUGACCAAGAUGUCAGAUACACAGCCGUGAGCAGUUUCAUCUUCCUGCGUUUCUUUGCUCCAGCCAUUCUCUCCCCCAACUUGUUCCAUCUACGGCCGCACCAUCCAGAUCCCGCCACCUCACGAACCCUGACCCUCAUCUCCAAGACGAUCCAGACCCUGGGAAGUCUCGCAAAGUCUAAAUCUGCCAAUUUCAAAGAGUCUUACAUGGCUGCAUUUUAUGACUACUUCAAUGAACAGAAAUAUGCAGACGCUGUAAAGAAUUUCCUGGACCUGAUCUCCACCUCUGGCAAAUGGGAUCAGAAGAGUAUUGAGACACCAAUCAUGCUCAAAGAGGGAUUUAUGAUAAAGAGAGCACAAGGGAGAAACCGGUUUGGAAUGAAGAACUUCAAAAAGAGAUGGUUUCGCCUCACCAACCAUGAGUUUACAUACCACAAAACAAAAGGUGAGGGAGCUCUGUGCAGCAUUCCCAUAGAAAACAUCCUGGCUGUAGAGAGGCUGGAGGAGGAGUCUUUCAAGAUGAAAAAUAUGUUCCAGGUUAUCCAGCCAGAGCGGGCACUCUAUAUCCAGGCCAACAACUGCGUCGAGGCACGCGACUGGAUCGACAUCCUGACCAAAGUCAGCCAGUGCAACCGCAAACGCCUGAGCACCUACCAUCCUUCAGCCUACCUCAACGGCCACUGGCUCUGCUGCAAGCUCUCAGCAGACACAGCCCCUGGGUGUACACCUUGCACUGGCAGUCUCCCAGCAAACAUUCAGCUGGAUGUAGAUGGAGACAGAGAGACUGAGAGGAUUUAUUCCCUGUUCAGCACAUACAUGACCAAACUGAUCAAGAUGCAAGAGGCCUGUGGCAGUAAGUCUGUGUACGACGGACCCGAACAGGAGGAGUACUCCAGUUUUGUCAUUGACGACCCCCAGGAGACCUACAAAACCCUGAAGCAGAUUGUUUCAGCUGUGCAGACCUUGGAGCAGCAGCACACCAAGUACAAACGGGACAAGUUCAAGAAGACAAAGAUAGGCAGCCAGGAGCAUCCAAUUGGAGACAAGAGUUUUCAGUGCUACAUCCGCCAGCAGUCUGAGAGCUCCACCUACUCCAUCUAGCCAUGACCCCGUAUACUGUUUCUAUGAUGCCCAGAACCAGCAUAUUUUUCUUUACUGCGAAAAAAUCCAUCUUAACAAUGCUCUGGGUCUAGCAUUGAGCUUGAAAUCUUUAUUUUUCCUUAAAACACGUCACGUCAACAAACAAAAGUCAUCAAGGUGAGAUUAUUUCACUUGUUUCCAAUACAGUGUAUCCAUGCUCUAAGGAAUAUUUCUCUUUUUUUUAAUGACAUUUCUGAAAGCAGAUGAUGCUGGUUUGGAAACAAGUAUAACCUGAUAUACUGAUUUGUUGAGUUGUAAGAAAAAAUGAGUUUGAAGACUCACUGCCAGACUGGAUGAGCAGUGUAGAUGGACUUUUUUGCAGUGUCUCAAGGUGCAUCACUCCAAAUUCGGAGAAACAGACCUCAUCAAGAGUGGGAAAAAGAAGAACAGUUGUGGAAGGAAGAAGGGAUACGAAUGAAGACGAUUAUCACACAAUACAUCUAUUUGGGUCUCCUUUCUGUGAUGUGACGAGAGAACAAACAAACGUUUUCACUGGACAGUUUUUGACAGUGACCAACACGCACUUUAAUCAUCUCCAAAUCUAUGGAUGAACAAGCCUCGCAGCACACUUUCAAAAAGCUUAUUUUAUCUGUUUGAUUUGUAUUUGGUUAUUUUAAAGGUUGUUGAAAUGUUCCAUUGUAUUUCACGUCUGACAGACCAAACUCUAGAAGGAAAGAAGGACUGGAAUUUUUCCUCCCUUUGGGUGGUUUUGUCCGCAUGUACCCGUUUUUCAUUUUUUAGUUUUGUCCCCAACCUCCUCAGGAAGGCUGUGAAGGUAACACAAAGAGGGAUCGACAGGACCAAACACGGCCCAGAGAAGCUUGAUGUUGGCUAUCAAAAAUCACUCCACAGACAAUUUUAUCCCUCAGUUUUAAUCUUUAUCAUCAAACUGCAAACAGAUGUAUAGGUUCAUGUUUUCAGGUUUCAUCUGUAGCACCGUGUAACCAGUUCCUGGGUCAAAGGAAUAGCUUGGUUUUGGAGAGUUUGUUUCUGUUUUUUUCUGCUUUCAUUGAGUCAGAUAGACCCAUGGAUGCCUUUUUUGUAUAUUUGUAUGCUUUUUGAAGGUAUGUUAAACAGUUUCUUAGUGUGGCUGAGUUAAUGGAUGUCAAGUUACAGCUUCACUUUAAGUAAGUCAAAAUACAGUGGAUGGCUGAUUAGCUGAACUUCAUCUAUGAACAAAGAAAUUAGAUCAUGUGCAAGUUCAAAACCACUUUUUGUUGAUAUCAGGGCAGAUUAACCCACUAGGAUCUUGGGGUGAAAUGUGUUGUGGGCCUCUAUUAACUCUCACAAUGUGAAUUUGUGCAUAAGCACAACCUUAUUUUGUAAAAUGCACUGUUUAACCACAAUAUAAACCAUAAAAUACAAAAUAAUAAUGUUUUUACAAUAUACACUCAGUGGCAGCUUUAUUAGGUUCACCUGUAUAUUGCUAUUCAGUACAAAAGCUCUACAGUAAAUUCUGCUUUUACAGGUUUUAUCAUGUCCAGUUUUUGGAAUGUGUAAAUUCAAUCCUAUUUUUAUCAUUGUGGAUAUAGUUAAAGGUAGUGUUGUGCUGGACUACAUCAUAUUGAGAGGUGCUUCUAAUGUUUUUUUCCUUUGUAUUUACAAACAUGAGUGGGGUAGAAUAUUAGAAAACACAUCUGAAUAUAAUGCAAUCCAGUACAGCAACACCACUAACCAUGACCUCAGUGCUAUGACAGUGUCAAAAAAACUCAAUAUUAUAGGCAUAAUAAAAGUAGACUUUAUGGAAGAACAGUUGUAUCGUACUGCAUUAGACUGUACAGGUGUAUAUAAUAAAGUGGCCACUGAGUGUAUAUAGUGUGCAUACAUAAUUACCUGACACAUUUGUAAUUAAUUAAGUUACCACAAACUAACUACCACAUGCUGAACCUAGAGCCUCCGGGCCCCUGUGGGUCUUGGGUUUUUGGGCAGUUGCCUGUUCUCCCCAACCCUGGUUGACAUGUACAUACAUCCAUGGUGUAUGAAUAUUAGCAAAUCUAGACGAGUAAAUUUAACCAUAACUAUUACAGGUUCAUAUGCAUGGGGAACAUUUUUUAUUUUGCUGCUCUUAAGACGGGCCGAUACUUGUUCCCGACACCAGUAAGUAGGCUCAGAUAAGAUCAGCAUUCAACAUACCCUCAAACUGCAUGCAGACAUACAGUAAUAACGGCAUGUGCUUGUUUCACUCUGUGGAUGUAGAAAAAGUAAUAAAAGCCAAACAAUCCCUUCAACUAUCACAAAACAGAAACUAUGUGUUAGCACAGCUCAUUAACAAGGAUGGUUUUUAGUUUCUCUUCUAAUUAAUCCAUAUACUAACAUUUUAACCAGUCUUGUCUCAAGUUAUGAUUGUGAAAUGGAUAGUGUAUUACUGAUUGUGUUGCCCAGUUGGCUGCCUAAUAAUGUACUUCUGUUUAGUUAGUUAGCUCUGUCUUACUUUGGUAAGACAGCUGCCCCCUGUAGUUUAAAACCUAUUUAUAUGCAUUCCUCUGAGAAACUGCCUGCUGUGAAUCUUACUGGUCAGCACCUCAGAAUCUGUUGAAGGUACAGGAUUUAUUGUCGUUAACCAGUUGUGUUGUGUUGUUCUGCGCUUCCCAAAGGCAACCACUCACAUUGGCAUUUAUAUUCAUCAGCACUCGCUCUCGCCAAACCUGGGCAUGUGAAGUAUAGUUGUAGCCACAGCGAUGGUAGCCGCCACGUGUCAUUUCUGUGUGACCAGGCGACUACAAACCACAGACGGAUUUUGUAUUUUCCAAAACUUAGUACUUGUUUAUGUAGCUUUGUGGGUGUUUUGGUGGUCACAGGAUCCCAAACAGUGCCAGUCAUUACUUUUCUAAAAUUCUUUUCGAAAAACAAACAAAAAAUAUCAUUGUUUAGAUAUGUUUUUUAUAUCUGAAAACCUAUAACUGUUUUAAAAACAGACAGCAAUUAUUCAGAUGACAUCUUUUUCUUUGUCAAAUAUGUUGAUCUAGGAACUAUAAGGAAAGUUUGAAACUAUUUGACUCUGUUUUCUAUCUUUGUCUUGUCAUACAGAAAUCUUGCUGUGUGUCUGAAUUGAAUGACUGAGGUGUGUGCGCUUUGUGCGUAUGUGCUUGUUUGUGUCAGUAUGCGCAUGACUGACUGACAUGAAGUGUUGUAUUGCCAAUGGAAUUGCCCCAGUGUUACAGGUCAGGAAAGGCAGCGUCCGAAAAUCACUGCCUGUAAUUUUACUAAAGACUGUAACUGGACUGUGGACACACUGUUACUUUACUCUGGCCUGAUAUGAUGUAUCUCCUCUUUCCUCUUGUAUAGAACCACUGAUCCUUUUAAAAGAACCUUUGCCAAUAUAUUCUCCCCAAACAUCUUAUGUAUGCAAUACAGUAAUACCAUUAAUGAAACAUUAAGUGAGCAGCAUUGGUUUAACCUCCGAACUAUGGUGAGUGUUUGUUUCUACCAGUUACUAACUCUCCUCAGGUUUGUUUUUUUUUUUUUUUCGGCCAAGACCGAGGAGACUCGGACUGAUGAUUAAACCGCCAAACAGUUCUGACUCUCAUCGCUAACUUUGUAAUCAUACUUAUCAUAAUUUUUUUAGCAAAACCUUCCCAGAAAUAUCAGCUGAAUUGGUGGGGUAAUGGAAGUUAUGGUAAUGGGAAGUCUUCCACCCUGAAGCCCACAAAAGAAUGACUUAUGCAAUAAUUGUGUUUCAGCAUGCAAUAAUAUUAAAAACACCCACAAUAAACCCAUAUAAAUGAUCACAAAUUAACAAUGCACAUCUUCUGACCUUUUGCAGUAAAAUGCCUCUUCAGAUAAACACAUAUUAUAAAGGGAGAACAGUGUAUUUUGUACAAAUAUUUUAAAAGUAUUAAAAUAAGCCUGUUAUUUGUGUACAUAAAACAGUUGAAUGAACGGUGAAAAUGUUACGUGUUUUUUUUCCUGAAUAACUAAAUGAAACCAAUAUUAAUGCAAAUGUGGUGUCUGUGUCAUUUGUUAAAAAUUCAUUCUGUCUCUAAACUAUACUGUACAGACUCACAUCAGGGGCCUUAUUUAGUUCCAAUUAUUAAAGUGGUUUUGUUAAAAUAAGUCAGAUGAUGGACUCAGGAAGAUGUUUUGAUAAUAGUGUGUAUAGCUGUGGUGCUGCCCGUCUUCUGUAUGUGUUUUCAUUGUAUGUUUGUGUGAAUGAUUGUUUGUUUUGACUUUUAUGAAUCCAUUAAUUCAGAUAUUUUUCACAGCAUAUAUUUUGACAUGACAGAGCAGGAAAAGCACGCGUGACAUAAAUUAAUGUGCACAUUCCUGGUAUGAUUUUUGGAAACAUGUAAGUGGAACAGAGCUUUGAUUAUUGUUAUUAUUUCCACCUGUACUUUCCCUCCCAUGAAAAGCCAAUCAUUUGCUGUAAAACAAAGAAAUGCCUUCGAAACGAUGUCACUGUAUUUCCCAAGAUGGUCCACUGCCUCUCUCCUUUGUCUGUUGUCAUAUACAGUGUAUCAUCUGAACUCAAAAUGGAUGUCUUGUUGAAUCAAAUUGCCAAGAACUGUUUU